GAACGCUUGUCCGUCACGCGUCCUGCGGCUUUAACGGGGGCCUGACACGGUUUCUGCAGCAGUGCACCACACACUGAAGCUGUGUGUGGGAUGAAGAGGACAGACCAUAAUAACCGAGCACAGUUGAUCUGAGUCAGGCCAUCAGGAACUCGUGUUCAGUCAACAGGUGUCCCGCGGGCUAAUCUCCCUCUCUGCCGACUGGCCGGUGGCCAACAGUUCACCUCCCGUAAAGGUCACUUUAAGAUUUCUCAUUUUUUUGUGUGUGUGUGUCGGGACAGUUGGAUUUUCAGCACGACCCCUCCGAACAAGGAGGAGGGAAACUCUGCAGCAGCACUCAUUAAAAUUCCCCGUCCGUAUUCACUCGCCACGGGAAGAAGAGAAAAAAAGAGAGAAGAAAAUCCCUCCUUCGGUGGGUGGCGCCGGCGUCCUGCGCGCCUCUUUAAUUGCGCACCACGCAUUACGCGGACCACAGUUUACACCAUCAGCGGCGGCCGCGCGGAACCACGCUGCCCCGAAGCGGACACUUCUGUUUUCGUGUGUGUCCCCCCUCGCCCCCCAACCCAACCCCCCUUUUUUUCCUAUUUCAUUCAUCCAUUCAUCAACGCUGGAGCAGGAGGACACGGUGGGCGCGCAGGGUCCGCCAAUAAGGGGGUGGGGGUGGGUGGGGGUGCGCACCAUAUCCACGUCUCAUCAUCCAGCGGCCGGACACGCCGCGCGGACACCACGCACGGCGGAGCGGCUUCUCGCUCGGGCAUAUACUCGUCGCAUGCAGCCCCCCUGACCCCCCCACCCUCCCUCCCUCAAUCCCUCCUCCUCCUCCUCCCUCCCCUCCCGUUUUUUUGAUUGUGACAUUUCUCGGCGGGUGGCACCGGGCGACACGUGCGCCUGGAUGGUGUGAAGAGUGACGCGGCGGCUUCGGGUGCUUCAUUUCUCUCGGAUACGCCAAGUAGAGCCGACGUGACGGCGCACCUUGUGUCUCCUAUAGAGAACCAUGAGCACUGUGGAGGAGGAACCGGAUCACAUGAUACCAUGAAGACAAGCCUGCAGGUCCUGCGCUGCCAGCUGCUGAGUGUUCUCGCAUUCCUAGCACUGCCAGUAGGACUGGUGUCAUCGGCACAGGAGCUGUACCUCAGACAGACAUCCCAGGACUCCGUCUCCAUGGCAGCCGCCCACAGCAGCCCCCUUUCUGCCCCCGAACUUCCCGCCCUGGACUUGCCACAGGAAGGCUCCAGUAGCGGGGAAUGGCCAUCCAGAGGAGGCCCUCGAGCCUCAAACAUCGUCCUCCCUACUGUCGCCCUCCACCCUUUGGCCUGGCCUCUCCCAGCCCAAACGUACAGCCUGACUCAUCACGACCCUCCCGUCCACGACACGAGCACUGUGAACACUGAAGGUCACGUGAAUCAGCCGCUGGAGCCGAGCUCUGAUAUUGUAAACCGAGGCCACCUGCACAAAUUGGUCAGGGUGACUCAAGUCCAUCACCCAGUGGCUGUAAGCGCGAACCGGGCCAGCAGCAGCGUCCUUAAAUCACCCGGCACAGCGGUCCCAGAUACAGAUGUGGGAUCUACUGCCAGAGAAGCUCCGGAUCUUCUGUCCAGCUCCGAAUCAGACGGAGGAGAUGCGCUUGCUUCUCGCCACGUCGAGCCUCGGAAGUUGAGCGUGAAGGAGCCCGCCGACCGCGGCCGGCAGGGUGUCCCAGAUGUCGAGCGCUCCUCCUUUUCCUCUCCGUCGAUGACUGCCGCCGACCCCGCAGCGGGCCUGAAGCUCAGGGAGCGCGCUCGGGGCGCCUCAGAGCCGGCGGCGCGCCACACCAUCACCCUGAGGGAGGUGCAUUCGGCGAUCGAGCCCCCCACCGAUGAACUGGUGACGGAGCCGAAGGACGGGUCCGCGACUCUCGCCGAGAGCCCCACUGAGACGGUGACGUCCGCCGCGUCCGCUCCGGCGCUGUCCACUGAGCUCCAGACGCAGAAUCCAACGAUCACCCCGAACAACCACCCUGCAGCCAACGAGACCGCCACCGAGGACGGCCUCGUUCAAGGCAACGGCACGGACAGCGCCCCUCGGGGUCGCUGGUUGGGGAACGCGACCGCGUACGGAGGGCUGCUCUCUGACGGCAGCUCGGUGGAGGAGGCCCUCGCUCCGGGGAACGGCUCGGAGCCGCCCUCCACCGCCAGCGGGAACUUCCUGAACAGGCAGGUGCCUGCCACCACCGAGGACCCGUGGACGCCCGGCAACAGCUCAGGACCCACCGUUGACUCUCCGCUGUCCCGCUUGACCAUCUGCCUGAGCAGAAUGGACAUCGUGUGGAUCGUGCUGGCCAUCAGUGUGCCGGUGUCCUCGUGCUCUGUGAUCUUGACUGUGUGCUGCAUGAGGAGGAAGAAGAAGUCAUCAAGUCAGGAGAACAACCUCAGCUACUGGAACAACGCCAUCACCAUGGACUACUUCAGCCGGCACGCCGUGGAGCUGCCCAGAGAGAUACACACUCUGGAGAGCGAGGAUCAAGACACCUGCCUCCCCCCGAACGGAGACUACAGCAGCAGCAGCGUGGUCCUGGUGAACCCUUUCUGCCAGCAGACGCUCUUCAUCAACAGAGAGAAAGCGUCUGUCUUCUAGAGACAGAAAAAGAUGGACACCGUCGGAUUCUCCUCUUCUACUCCCCCUGCUGUUGUUGUCUAUUUUCUAAAUGUGCUAAAUAUUCAGAGACUUUGACUUUAUACUGUAUACGGCGAACACAAAGAGGCAAACUGAAAGAGGAGGGGUGUGAACAGACACUCUUUGAGGAUGCACAUGCAUAUUUUUCUGAUGUACAUUUUCUACAAAAGGCUUAAUUGUGAUAAAAAAAGGUUUUUAUUGUCUUUUUAAAAUACAGAUUAUAGGUGGUGUCGUUUCAUUUCAGUGGCUUGAUGGCGAGCGCACUGCGGAUGUUGCCACAUGAAAUUUGCUUUAGAGAGAGAAAUGUACUAUAAAAAAAACUAUGAAGCUGUUCUUUGUCAUUUUAUUUUAAGAUAAAUUCCAAAAUACUUAUAGCCUGUUGAACUUGAAUAUAGCACCUACGUUAUCAGGGGACGGGGGAGUGAUACUGUAUGUGGGAUCCAGGCCCAUGUCUAUCAAACUGUCUAUCAAAGUUAUUCUAGAAGCCAAGAAUAAGAUUGAUUAUUAAGCCACUUGACAUCAAAGUGUAGGAGUAUCUUUUAAAAUCAGCUCUCGAGUGAUCACAUCAUUAAUCGUGACAGCUGGAAACUGUUCAUCUGCUCCUUUUUUCAUUCUUUUUUAAUCCUUACAUUUGACUGUUCACUUUUAUUGAAAUUAACAGAAAAAUAUAUUUAUGGUAUGGAAGUAAUAAUGAGAGUAACACACUCCAUUUAUAGAUAAACAAAAUGCUUUUUAAUGCAUGGAAGGUGAUCGCAAGCCUAUUCAAGCAUUAUACAAGUCGUUUGCACACUCGAUACCGCUGAAGUUCCCUUAAAUUGAAGAGCAUUGUUAUGAUAAAUCUUUUUUGUUUGUAAGUUUAAGUGAUCGAUAAGUCCUGCAUUUUUACUUUAAGCAGUUUGAUAAAUAUGGGCCCAUAUUUCGAUGGUUGAUUUGGGCAGAUUAUUUGCCGUAUGCAUUUAGCAGCGUUGAGAGAUGUUGGUCAAAUGACGUAUGGUGGCUUUCCCCCACAUGUGUCACCAGCCUCUCUAAGAGGGGCCACAUAGAUGUCUUAAUUCCAUAUGUUAAGAAUACGUUUUGUAUAUAUAUAAAUAAAUAUAUAUUAUAUAUUAUAUAUAUAUAUUUAUAUGUGUAUAUAUGUAUAUACACUACCGUUCAAAAGUUUGGGGUCACUUAGAAAUAUCUUUAUUUUUCAAAGAAAAGCACUGUUUUUUCAAUAAAGAUAACAUUAAUCAAAAAUACACACUAUACAUUGUUAAUGUGGUAAAUGACUCUUCUAGGUGGAAACGUCUGGUUUCUAAUGAAAUAUCUCCAGAGGUGUAUAGAGGCCCAUUUCCAUCAACUAUCACUCCAGUGUUCUAAUGGUACAUUGUGUUUGCUAAUCGCCUUAGAAGACUAAUAUCUGAUUAGAAAACCCUUGUGCAAUUAUGUUAGCACAGCUGAAAACAGUUAUGCUGGUGAUAUAAGCUAUACAACUGGCCUUCCUUUGAGCUUGAAGUUUGAAGAACAAAAUUAAUACUUCAAAUAUGAAUCAUUAUUUCUAACCUUGUCAAUGUCUUGACUAUAUGUUCUAUGAAAUGUUCAAUUCAUUUGAUAAAUAAAAGUGAGUUUUCAUGGAAGACACAAAAUUGUCUGGAUGACCCCAAACUUUUGAACGGUAGUGUAUAUAUAUAUAUUUAUAUAUAAAUAUAUAUAUAUUAUUUCUAUUUUUAUAUAUAUAUAUAUAAUAUAUGCACAGUAUGUGUGUGUUUGAAGGCCCUGUUUGUGCAUGUAAACAUACUGUGAGUGUGGAUGGAUGAGUUGAAAUGCGCUGCCCCCCCCCCUCCCCGUAACCAAGUAUCACUGUUACUUUAAAUCAAACAAGACUCUGUAUCACUUUCAGCUCAGUUGUAUCUGUUUCUUUGUAAGUGUCUGUGUGUCCGUCUGUUUGUUUCUUGUCUGUGUCGUGGAGUGGCUGCUGGUUUUAGUCCAGUUUAAGAACGAGUUUUCUCGGCACUGUAGGAAACAAGUAGACCAACUGUCUACUGUAAAUGUCUCCCUCCAUAACAAUGUGUUUGUCCAUCAAUGCAAACUGGGUUUGUUGAAUGAUUGUGAGUUAGUUGCCGGACCUCAUAUUAAUAUGUUAGAGGCUGUCGAAAAAAAAUCUUGACCAAUCGAAACACCGAGAUAAAUAAUGUAUGCUGAAUAUUUACUGUGAGCACAUACAGAGGCAGUUUAAUAAAAAAAGGAGUGAAUAUGUUGUUUAAUUACUGAACCAUGUGGUCCUUAAUUAUUGAACCAUGUGGUCCUUCUAUCAUCUGUUUUUAUUUUGCAUUGCUGCAGUUGUAUUCAAUAAUCAAUGCUGCCUGCCUCUAGCGUCGCUAAAGAGUUUCUGCAUUGUGAGAUGUUGUUCUGUAAUCACAGAUUCAAGAGGUGAUGUUGCACAACACACCUAAACAUAUUGAUAUUUCUCGCAUUGGAUGCUCACGGCUGGGCUUCUUGUUUUGCACGCUCAAAAGUGGAUAUUUUACAAAACGUUCAGUGGCACGAUGGAGCAGUAUUCAACAUUAUGUAUUUUUUGUACUGUAGUAUACACUGUACUUUUUACUGCUGAGCAAUAAAACAAAGAACAAACUCUGA